AUGCCGCCCCGCCGCGCCCCGGCGCCCCGAGUGCCGCUGCUGCCCGCGCCGGCCCUGCUGCUGCUGCUGCUGCUCGGCGCGGGGCCCCGCGGCGGCUGCCGGGCCAGCCCGGUGCCCGCCGAGCCGCUGCCCUCCCCGGGGGCGUGCGCCGCGCAGCCCUGCCGGAACGGGGGCGUGUGCACCCCGCGCCCCGCGCCCGACCCCUCGUCCCCCGCGGCCGCCGGCGAGCCCAGCUAUCUCUGCACCUGCCCCGCCGGGGUCUCGGGCGCCAACUGCCAGAUUGUGGCGGAUCCUUGCGCCAGCAACCCGUGUCACCAUGGCAACUGCAGCAGCAGCGGCCGCGGCUACCUCUGCGUUUGCACUCAAGGCUAUGAAGGUCCGAACUGUGAGCAGGCACGUCCCAGUGCCCCAGCCUCGGGCUGGACCGAGGCCAGCCCACCCAGGCAGCUUCCGCCUGUCCCUGCUACCCGGGACCCUGACAGCGUCCUGCCCAGCUCUCAGGCAACCGUGACCCUGCCCACAUGGCAGCCAAAAACAGGCCAGAAAGUUGUAGAAAUGAAGUGGGAUCAAGUGGAGGUGACUCCAGACGUUGCCUGUGGGAAUGCCAGUUCUAACAGCUCUGCGGGCGGCCGGCUGGUGUCCUUUGAAGUGCCACAGAACACCUCAGUCAAGAUCCGGCAGGACGCCACCGCCUCGCUGAUCCUGCUGUGGAAGGUCACGGCCGCGGGGUUCCAGCAGUGCUCGCUCAUAGACGGCCGCAGCGUGACGCUCCUGCAGGCCCCCGGGGGGCUGGUGCUCCUGGAGGAGAUGCUGGCCCUGGGACCCAAUCACUUCAUUGGUUUUGUGAAUGACUCCGUCACGAAAUCCAUCGUGGCUCUGCGCCUGACUCUGGUGGUGAAGGCCAGCACCUGUGUGCCGGCGGGGAGCAGUGCCCGUGACUCGGAGUGCUCGGGCAAAGGGGCGUGCACCACGAGGCCGUCGGAGGCGACGUUUUCCUGUGACUGUGAUGAUCAGUAUGUGGGUUCUUUCUGCGAAGAAUUCGACGCCUGCCAGAAGGCACCCUGCCAGAACAAUGCCAGCUGUGUGGAUGCCCAGGAGAAGCAAGAUGGGAGCAACUUCACCUGCGUCUGCCUUGCGGGUUAUACCGGAGAGCUUUGCCAAUCCAAGAUUGAUUAUUGUGUCCUAGACCCAUGUAGGAACGGGGCGACAUGCAUUUCCAAUCUCAGCGGAUUCACCUGCCAGUGUCCGGAAGGAUACUUCGGAUCCGCCUGCGAAGAGAAGGUGGACCCGUGCGCCUCGUCACCCUGCCGGAACAACGGCACCUGCGCCGCGGCCCCGGACGGGGUGCGCUUCAGCUGCAGCUGCAGUGCCGGCUUCACGGGCCCGGCCUGUGCCCAGCUGGUGGACUUCUGCGCGCUCAGCCCCUGUGCGCACGGCACGUGCCGCAGCCUGGGCACCAGCUACAAAUGCCUCUGCGACCCAGGUUACCACGGCCUCUACUGUGAGGAGGAAUGCAACGAGUGCCUCUCGGACCCGUGCCUGAACGCGGGCACCUGCAGGGACCUCGUCAAUGGCUACGAGUGCCUGUGCCCGGCUGAAUACCGAGGGACUCACUGUGAGUUGUACAAGGACCCCUGCGCCAACAUCAGCUGCCUGAACGGAGGCGCCUGUGACAGUGGAGGCCUCAAUGGCACAUGUGUCUGCACGCCAGGCUUCACAGGCGAAGAGUGCGACAUUGAUAUCAACGAAUGUGACAGCAACCCCUGCCACCACGCCGGCACCUGCCUGGACCAGCCCAAUGGCUACACCUGCCACUGCCCACAUGGCUGGGUGGGAGCCAACUGUGAAAUCCAUCUCCAGUGGAAGUCUGGGCACAUGGCGGAGAGUCUCACCAACAUGCCGCGGCACUCCCUCUACAUCAUCAUCGGGGCCUUGUGUGUCGCCUUCAUCCUGAUGCUGAUCAUCCUGAUCGUGGGCAUUUGCCGCAUCAGCCGCAUCGAGUACCAGGGCUCUUCCAGACCGGCCUACGAGGAGUUCUACAACUGCCGCAGCAUCGACAGCGAGUUCAGCAACGCCAUCGCCUCCAUCCGGCACGCCAGGUUUGGAAAGAAAUCCCGACCUGCGAUGUAUGAUGUGACCCCCAUUGCCUACGAGGACUACAGCCCCGAUGACAAACCUUUGGUGACACUGAUUAAAACAAAAGAUUUGUAAUCAUUUUUUUUUUUUUUGGAUUAUUUUUCAA